AUGUCAGGCAUUGGUGAAGCAAGCCUUGUCCUCGGUAUAAUCUCUUCGAUAAUUUCAAUUAUCGAGACUACCAAGCAAGUCUACGAUGCUAUUGAGGAUGAAGCCGGUCUCCCAAAGAACUUCAAGAAAUCGGCGACAAAACUCCCUCUCAUCUCCCAGCUUCUUGAAGAUGCUGAAAGAUAUUUCAACACGGCAACGGAUGAGUUGAUAAAAGCUGCGUUUACACCUACUUUAGAGAAUUGUGAAAUUCAGGCUAUACAACUCCAGGCUAUACAACUUCAGGAGUUGUUUGAAAAAGUCAUGCCAAAAGGCAGUGACUCGAGAUGGGAUCGAUAUGUAAAAGCUGCUCGGACAAUUGGAAAGAAAGGACGUGUGGAGAGUUUGAUCGGGGGAAUUUUGGACGACCUGCAGCUCUUGGCAACUCGCUUUCCACAAGUAAUAACAUCAAGAGGAAAAGAAAAGUUAGAAAAUGCAAUUGAGGAGGUUGCUAAGAUGGAGCCUUCUUUACCUGAUGGUUUCGAGCAGAUGCCUGCGUAUGCACACUAUGGAAGUGGUGCUCAAAACAACAAUACUGGUGGUGGAACUCAGAACAACAACAAUAGUGCGGGCAACCAGAACAACGGCCCAGGUCAACAGUUCAUUGGUACCAAUCACAUCACUAAGAAUGCCACUGUCGAUGAUAUUAAUCGAUCUUGUCUCCACGAUUUGCAAUGUCCUGAUACGUUGGCUGUUAAGAGUCGGCUGAAAGAGAAUAAGGACAAGUUGCUCUAUCAAUCUAUUGACUGGAUUCUUCAAGACCCGCAAUAUAUCAGCUGGAAAUGCGGAGGCGAUGUCUCUUUACUGUGGAUUAAGGGCGGCGCCGGCAAAGGUAAGACCAUGAUAUCGAUUGGUCUUAUUGAGAGACUAUCAUUCCCACAAGAUGAGUCGACCGUGGUGACUUAUUUCUUCUGUCAAAAUGCCGAUUAUGAGCUCAACACCCUUCAAGCAAUCAUCAAAGGUUUAAUCCUACAAUUGGUGAAUCAACAAAAGGAGCUAAUCGAAUAUCUGCGAGACCACUGGGAUACCAGAAAGGAGCGUUUUAAUAAAGAGAUGACGUCGUGGCGAACGCUAUGGGACAUCUUUUACAAAAUGUUAUACCGAUGCAAGUGCCCAAAGAUAUACGUGAUCGUAGAUGCCCUGGAUGAGUGCCAAGAUGAUGGCAUGGCCGAUCUCCUAAAGCUCGUUGUACGAACAGGACUUGAUCAUCCAUCAAAAAUCAAAUGGCUGUUAACAAGUCGGCCACUGGAUAGUGCUGAACAGGAGUUACUAGUUGGACGUGAGCAAGUGAUGAUCAGCUUAGAACUUAACUCAGCGCAUAUUUCUCAGGGUGUAACAACUUAUAUUGUUAACAAAGUUGCUGAGCUCGACCGUCGUAAUUCUUAUGGAUCAGAUCUAUGCCAAAAGAUACAGAAUGAGCUCACUGAAAAGGCCGAGGACACGUAUCUAUGGGUAAGCUUGGUAUGCAAGAGACUCGAGAGUGUGCAUCGGGAGAACACAUUGACUACAAUUCAAGACUUGCCGCCGGGUUUGCAUCUUUAUUACAAUCGCGUACUUCAUGAACUCAGCAAAGGUCAGCCUGCCGUUGUGAAGGGAUGCAUGCGAUUAUUAAGAGUGAUGAUGCUGGUCUAUCGGCCUCUGAAUGUAGUGGAAGUGGAUAGCGUUUUAGGUCUGUCUAAAAAUGAUACUGCUAGAGUGCUGGAUCGAUGUGCUUCAUUUUUGAAGGUGCGAGGAACUGAUAUCAAAUUCGUUCAUCAAUCAGCUCGAGACUACCUCGCUGGGGAGAAUGGAAGAUCUAUACUCGAUACUAGUGAAUUAUAUGGGCAUAAUGAUAUCGCAGUCAGUUGUCUGUCUUAUUUGUCUCAAAACCUCAAGACUAAUCUUGUUGACUUACCGCGACCUGAUUCUACUCGGAAGUCCAUAGAAGGGAACCAACUAAUGGCUAGCCUGGACUACGCAGCUACGUUCUGGGCACAACACCUUGAAGGCGCCAGGGAGGAGACACCAAUACAAAACUCAUCUAUUGAACAAGGUGUAGUCGGUACAUUCCUCCGCUCCAUGUUUUUAGAGUGGCUAGAGUGUCUGAGUUUAUUAGACAAACUCUCACGCGCUACUGAGGCGUUAAAAAUGUUAAAAGAUAUAGCAGACUUAGAGAAAAACGUUUCCUUAUCGAUGCUGGUACAGGAUGCCACCCAUUUUUUGUCUCAACACUACCGGACAAUAGAGAAUUGGCCGUUACAAAUCUAUAACUCUGCGAUAGCUUUCAGCCCUGAAACAAGCAUAAUAAGGAAGAGCAAUCUGAGUAAGCUUCCUGUGUGGCUCAGAAAACUCCCUCAAGCGGAAGACUCGUGGGCUUCUUCAAUACGAACGCUCACAGGAUAUUCCGACUCGAUUAUAGCUAUAGCAUUCUCGCCAGAUUGCAAGCAAAUCGCUUCUGGAUCUGAUGAUAAAACAAUCAAGCUAUGGGAUGCUAUAACUGGUAAUCUUCGAAAAAUAUUUAUAGGUCAUUCCCACUGGGUUACAGCUAUAGCAUUCUCCCCAGAUGGUAAGAGAAUCGCAUCUGGAUCUUUUCAUGGAAUUAUCAAGCUAUGGGAUGCUAUUACUGGCGAUCUUGAGAAAGUAAUUACAGGUCAUUCCCACUGCGUUACAGCUAUAGCAUUCUCGCCAGAUGGCAAGCAAAUUGUGUCUGGAUCGGACGAUAAAACUAUAAAGCUAUGGAAUAUCGCUAAAUUCCUCAAAGUCUCUAGAAUGUUUGGUAGCAGAGUUGGUCGUCGGAUUGAUUUCUGCAAAUGGCAAGAGAUCAAGACCUCACAAAUAGUCGAAUUUUUAAGAUUCUCUACAGACGGCCGCCACCUUGUAACAGAUAUCGUCAUUACAACCCCUAUCGGUUAG